GAGCCCGAACUCCCCCAACGGUCCCCUCCUGGUUCACCCGGAUCCCCAGACCCUACCCUUUGCCAGUCCCAGUCCCGUCCCUUGGCGGGAACCUAGACGUGGCCACCUCCCUGAGGACCACGGCGGGCUUUUGCCCAGAGAAGCGGUGUGAGGGGCCGGACCGGUUUUGUCUGUCCCGGGCUCUUGGCGCGGGGGCGGGCCCCUUGUCCCUCGUCCCUCCUGGGUGGCCUCUUAUCCUGCGCUGCCGGCCCCCGGGGACGUCACAGUCAGGAGGAAGAGUCCUGAGUUGGGGUCCCGGAGCCCUGGGUCUGAGUCCGGCUUCUGCCUGUAGCCAGCUGCUGUGACCUUGGGCCUCGGUCCCUCGCCUCACACUGAAGUUUCGGUCGUUGGGGGAACCUCCAGGUUGUACUUUUUGAGCCAGUGACUUUCCUGAACCUCCGAGGUUUUGAACUGCUGUAAUUAAAUAUUUCCCGAACUUGCCAGGUCCGCAGCGCCACAGGAAUGGCGGACUUCGGGGUCGCAGCUGGCCAGUUCGUGGCGGUGGUCUGGGACAAGUCCUCCCCGGCGGAGCCUCUGAAGGGCCUGGUGGGGGAGCUCCAGGCACUGACCGGCAAUGAGGGCCGCGUGUCUGUGGAGAACAUCGACCAGCUGUUGCAGUCUGCCCACAAAGAAUCCAGCUUUGAUGUCAUUUUGUCGGGUGUGAUUCCUAGAAGCACCGUGCUGCACAGCGCUGACAUUUUGGCCGAGAUGGCCCGGAUCCUGCGGCCUGGCGGGUGCCUUUUCCUGAAGGAGCCGGUGGAGACCGCUGCCGUCAGCAACGGCAGAGUGAGGACGGCCUCGAAGCUGUGUUCGGCCCUGACUCUCUCCGGGCUUGUGGAAGUGCGAGAGCUGCAGCGGGAGCCCCUGAGCGCCGAGGAGAAGCAGUCUGCCCAGGAGCACCUGGGUCACCUUGGGGACAGCCUGCUCUCCGUGCAGGUCACAGGCAGAAAGCCCAACUUUGAAGUGGGUUCUUCUAGUCAACUUAAGCUUUCCGUUGCCAAGAAGUCUGCUCCUUCGGGGAAGCCUGCUGUGGACCCUGCGGCCGUCAAACUCUGGACCCUCUCGGCCAAUGACAUGGAGGACGAGAGCGCGGACCUCAUCGACUCGGACGAGCUGCUGGACCCCGAGGACCUGAAGAAGCCGGACCCCGCCUCCCUGCGGGCCCCCGCGUGCGGGGAGGGGAAGAAGAGGAAGGCCUGCAAGAACUGCACGUGUGGCCUGGCCGAAGAGCUGGAAAGAGAGAAGUCCGCGGCACAGACGAGCUCCCAACCCAAGUCGGCCUGCGGAAACUGCUACCUGGGCGACGCUUUCCGCUGCGCCAGCUGCCCCUACCUGGGGAUGCCCGCCUUCAAGCCCGGGGAGCAGGUGCUGCUGAGCGCCAGCAGCCUCCACGACGACUAGGGUGACGACCAGGGCGGCGCCUGCCCCUCGGCUGGCCCUGCCUCUGCGCUUGCCCACUCCCCGCCAGGACCCGUCUGCAGGGAGGGGCCUUGGUAGGCAGAGCGAGGCUGGCCGUGGGGGGCGGGGGUGUGUAGUGCUGCUGUGGACCAAAGGGCCAGGGCGCCUCGGGGCGCCAGUUACCCUGGGCGGCCGGCGUCUUCUCAGCCAUAGGGAAAUGGGGUGUGCGCCAAGGGGCCCUCUCCCGGGUGCAGACUGCUGGUCUGCACUUGUGCUCUGAAACUGAGGCCCCGCCCCCCCCUCUGCGCCCAGCAAGUGCCGCUGCUCAUCUCCAGGAGCCGGUGCUGGCGCAGCAGGCCACUCCUGGUGAUGCAGAUCACGCGUGUUCUGACCUCAGGGCACCGGUGGAGCUGCGUGGUCACGGCCAGAGCCCCUCCGCGCCCCCUCGACCCCUGCGGUGGUGUGCUGCCCCGUGUCCUGUCAGUCUGCAGUCACUAUUAAACCUGUGUUCCUCCUCCGCACUGUCAGUUGUGAAGAGGGUGUGUGUGCAUGUGUGUGUGUGUGUGUGUGUGUGUGUCGGGGGUAGGGGGUGGUCUGACACAGCCGUGCAAGCUCAGCUGAGAGCACAGAACUGUUUUUGCGGAGAGACUCGGUGUCACACGCGGAGGGGGCCUGCGCUGCGGGACCGGACCCCCCCCCCCGCCCCCCCGUCCCCUUCAGAAGAGCCGGGCAGCAGCCUGAACCCACAGCAAGUCUCUCCCAGCAGGCGACCCUGUGUUCUCGUGACCCACAGGGACUGGGAGUGGACCUCGCCAGCGGGUGGGGAGAGUGCGUGGGUUCAGGAGACCUGGGUUUUUGUGUCUUACCAAUGAAUAAAAGUUUUCUUUGGAAUUAGCCCUGAAA